GAUAACAUUUAUAAAAAAACAAACCGCACGAUGUGCAGUCCGCUUUGAUUCUAAUAAACGAAUGCAUGUACUUACAGGGAUAACGACCAUCGCACACCGUUAAGUGCAAGCAUAUUCAUUGAAAUCACAGCCAAGAUGAGUCUGAGAAAGCAGACCCCAAGUGACUUUCUGAAGCAGAUAAUUGGCAGACCUGUGGUGGUCAAAUUGAACUCUGGUGUCGAUUACAGAGGUGUCCUGGCCUGCCUGGAUGGUUACAUGAACAUCGCCAUAGAGCAGACUGAGGAGUAUGUCAAUGGGCAGCUCAAGAACAAGUACGGAGAUGCUUUUCUAAGAGGAAACAAUGUCCUUUACAUCAGCACCCAGAAGAGGAAAGUGUAGUUGAGACCAUUCUAUUGUUUGUUUUUUCCCCAGUUGUUUUUUUCCAGCGUUUGAUUCGUCAGUGGACAACUCUCCCUGUUUUUGGUUCUGUAAAACCCAAAGUCCUGAAGAAUGUUUGUUUUGUAAAAAUGGAAUAUGUUAAUAAAUCCUGAGUUUUGAUUCAUGUCUGA